AGGAAGGAGAGCACAUCAGCCAGGGAUUAUCUUAAUGUCUGACCUCUGGCCUCUAGCAUGGCUGUCCCAGCUUGUGCCUGACGUGGACCCUCACAUAUCUCCUUGGCUUGACUGGGUGGUCGGUGCAGCACCAACACACGACCCCAACCUGAGAGGAAAGAUACUGUGGGAAUCCGUCCUGUGGUAAAAACUCAGUGAGAACUAACACUUAGGUGUUAAGUUGUGUCGAGCCUGUGCGUUGCUGCAAGGACUACGACGUAAUAACACAGCACUCUGCCAAUCUCCUGCUCCGCAUUAUAUGCUCAACAUGGGCUCCGACUCCUGCCAAUAAUCCUCGUCUGAGACCUUGAACUGAACUUACAUAUGUGUAUUGUCCUACCCCUGUAGGUUAAUUAUGUGAAAAUCAACACAAAAAGAUGCACAACCUAAAGCUGGAUGAACUUUGUAUGAGGAUUGGCCUGCAGAAGAUGCCGACUAUCAGGGAGACACUGAAGGAGAUGGGUGUUUCUGCAGAGCAGGUGUUGACUGAGCUAGCCCAGAUGAGCACAGACGACACCAACAACGGCACAGUUCCCACGCCUCUGACCAACUACUUGGAUACUCAGUACUUUGGGGAAAUCAGCAUCGGCUCUCCGGCACAGCUGUUCAAUGUCGUGUUUGACACCGGCUCAUCAAACUUGUGGGUGCCUUCUCAAAGCUGCUCACCUUUCUCCACAGCCUGUUUUACUCACAACAGGUAUGAUGCCUCCAGAUCCCAGACUCAUGUUGAUAACGGCACCGGAUUUUCCAUCCAGUACGCCUCUGGAAAUGUCCGGGGAUUUCUGAGCGAGGAUGUGGUCGUGGUCGGAGGUAUUCCUGUGGUGCAGGUGUUUGCUGAAGCCACUUCUCUGUCUGCCAUGCCUUUCAUCUUUGCAAAGUUUGAUGGAGUCCUGGGGAUGGGUUACCCUAACGUGGCCAUUGACGGCAUCACACCGGUGUUUGACCGCAUCAUGUCUCAGCAUGUCCUCAAGGAAGAGGUGUUCUCUGUCUACUACAGCAGGGACCCUAAACACUCCCCCGGUGGAGAGUUGGUUCUUGGGGGCACUGAUCCAAACUAUUACACUGGAAGCUUUAAUUACAUGGACACCAGAGAGAUGGGCAAGUGGGAAGUAACCAUGAAAGGUGUUUCUGUCGGCGUGGAGAUGAUGUUUUGUGUUGAGGGCUGCACAGCUGUAAUCGACACAGGCUCUUCCUACAUCACAGGCCCUGCCUCCUCUGUGUCUGUCCUUAUGAAAACUAUCGGAGCACAGCUGGAUGAAAGUGGAUACAAAGUUAACUGUGAAACUGUGAAGACGCUGCCCACUAUCACGUUCCACCUGGGUGGUCAGGAGUAUUCGCUCCCUCAGGAGGAUUAUAUCUUAUGGCAAACACAGAUCGAGGGCGACGUCUGCACCGUCACCUUCAGGGGUUUGGAUGUACCGCCCCCUGCAGGUCCCAUCUGGAUUUUGGGAGCCAAUUUCAUCGCCCGCUACUACACAGAGUUUGACCGUCGCAACAAUCGAAUAGGGUUUGCCACAGCAGUCUGAAAGUAUCUUAAACAUCAGCUGUGUUGUUGUUUUGUUUUUUUCUUUUACUUUGCUGCUAUCUCCAGUACUCACUUCAGUCGCUUUUUAUGAUGACCCAUGAUCAAAGUACAUCUUUAAAAAAGAAAAGAAAAAAAGAUACACAAGUACACAUUGAGGAAUAUCACUCUCUAUUUUUUUUUGCCUAUUCUCUGUUAUAUUACAUUUUGAACAGUUGCACUGAAUACCUUCUAAACUUUUUUUUUUUAUUUAUAAGCAUUUACAAGCAAAUGCAAUGUUUCUUUGUGUGACCGCUGUUUAUAUCCUACAGUAACAAUGACAACCCCUACCUUCAUUGUAUGGAUCUAAUGAGAAUAAAGUUGUUUUACUGCAGGGGUUUA